AUGAAUUCCAACAGCCAAACACCUGUUUCCGGCGAUGUUCCCGCGACGAAACCAAACGGAAAAGACGUUGUCUCCUCCGCCGAGCCGGUCAAACGAGUCGGUCAAGCCGGAGUCUCUCUCGCUACAGCUGCCUCCGACGAUUCGAAGUCCAAGAAGCAAAACGGCAAAGCCAUUGUCUCCUCCGCUGAUCUGGCCAAAUGUGCCGGCCAACCCGAAGAUUAUCUCCCUACAGCUAUCUCCGGCGAUUCGAAGUCCAAGAAAUCAAACGGCAAGGCCGUUGUCUCCUCCGCUGAUCCGGUCAAACGAGCCCGUCAACACGGAGUCUCUCUCCCUAUCGCUGUCUCUGGCGUUCCAAAUUCCAAGAAACUAAACGGCAAAGCCGUCGUCUCCGCCUCUGACGAAGUACUGUUCUUCAAAGAUGUCAAGUUCGGACCACAAGAAGGCGAGCUAAGGUUUCGUCUGAUACAUUUUUGGGAGGCUCGGAACACACUCACGAAGGUCCUUUUUGGUCUUGAAAUGCUUCUGAUUGACGGACAUGGUACUGUGAUCCAAGGGUUCAUCUCACCAAACAGGAUCAAGACCUAUUUGCCUCAUAUGUUCGUUGGUUCCGUCUACAGGCUUAAUAACUUUUAUGGAUCUAAAAGCAAGAGUGUGUACCGAGUUGCUCAGCCAGACGUGACCAUUGCUUUCACAUGGAAUUAUGUGCUCUCCGUUCUCGAGAACAGUCUGGUUCCGUUUCCUGAAGACCGGUUCCGAUUCUAUGGUUACGAGGAGUUUGAAGCGGCAUGUGAUCUCAGGGGAGAUCUUUAUGAUUAUGCCGGUCACGUGAAACUGGUGAAUGAGCAGGCCUUGAGUGACAGUCUUGUGCUUGAUGAAGUCGAGAUAGCUUCUUCAAGAAGAAUUUUGGUCAAUGUCCAGACACAUGAUGGUUCUGUCAUGAAGUUGUACAUAUGGGACAAGGCCGCUGCAGUCUUCUGUGAGAAGUUUAAAGCGCUUGGAAAACCUCCAACUGUUAUUCUGGUGACAACUGUUAAUCCAAAACGUUUUGGAGGUGCCUUAUCUCUGUCAUCUCUAUCAUCCUCGCGUGUGUUUUUUGAUAUGGAUGUUCAAGCAACCAGAGAAUAUCUGGCUUGGUUUGAAUCGAACACGGAAGUUACCAAUAGGGUGAAUGUUGAGAUUGUCACCAAAGCUGAGACGGCUACUAUAGGAGAAUUGUUAUCUUACAUGAAGCAGGAAGGGGCAAAGUGCUCAGCCACUAUUGAUGAUAUUGUGCGUGACUCGGCGUGGUAUUAUAUUGCUUGUGGUGGGUGCAAGACUAAAGCAACCAAAGGGCCUACCACGCUUAUGUGUAAGAAGUGUGGAAAGACUGAGAUUGUCGGCGCUGCAGAGUAUCUCACAAAGCUCUCUGUCUAUGACAACAAUGAUCACGCUAGCUUUGUGCUUCUCGGUGAUGCUGGGCGUGAGUUGACUGGGAUGAAAGCCUCAGAAUUGGUUGAGAGCUACUUUGAGGCCAAUGAAAGGGUCGGAGAUAAUCAUGGAGUCCCGGUGACACCGUCUCUGACUGAUUCCAUUGGACAGACUCGCACGUUCGUUAUCAAGGUAUCAAAACACAACCUGGAUGGCAAGACCCAGUCUUUGACUGUCACCAAAGUUCUUCCUCUGAAAGUUCCAGCACUUAAAGGCAACAUAGAUGAGGACGUGGAAGAGGAGCCUGCUGAUGAGAAGGAUGGAGCUGCAGAUGGGACUGUGAAAAGGAACUCUGAUGGGAUCGAGUCUGGAGAGACCAAGCGUGCCAAAUGUGGCUAA